AUGUCUGCCCACCAGCGCCUCGAGGCAGCGACAGACCUCGCCCGGCUCUCCCCCAUUUCUGACGACAUCAUUGUCGCCUGCCUCCGAGAGCGUUUCAUGGCAGACACCAUCUACACCAACAUCGGCACUUCAGGCCUUGUAGCGUUGAACCCACACAAGUAUGUCGCCUCUACGUCCGAUGCGUGGUUGCACAAGUACGCCGCCGAGUACAGGGAUACGGACGCCGCAGAGAUGAAGAAGGAGAGACUCCCGCCACACAUUUUUCAGAUGGCCAACAACGCAUACUAUCAUAUGAGGAGGACCACGCAGGAUCAGUGUCUUAUAUUCAGCGGUGAAACCGGCUCUGGCAAAUCGGAAAACCGUCGUCUUGCCAUUAAAUCUAUCCUCGAGCUCAGCGUCUCCUCCCCUGGCAAAAAGGGUUCUAAACUCGCUUCCCAACUCCCCGCCUCCGAGUUUGUCCUCGAAUCAUUUGGCAACGCCCGCACCCUCUUCAAUCCCAACGCCUCUCGCUUCGGCAAAUACACCGAGCUUCAAUUCUCCGACCGCGGCAGACUUUCGGGUGUCAAGACUCUGGACUACUAUUUGGAGCGAAAUCGGGUCGCCGCCGUCCCCAGCGGCGAACGGAAUUUCCAUAUUUUUUAUUAUCUCGUGGCUGGAGCGUCACCAGAAGAGAAGCAGCAUUUGCAUCUGCUGGACAAAACUACCUACCGAUACCUAGGCCAUCGUGGGAGUACCUCCGCGUCCGCCCGGCCGCAGGAUGACGACGGCCAGCGAUUCGAUCAGCUUAAAAUAGCGUUAAAAGCGAUCGGAUUCUCAAAGCGUCACGUAGCGCAGACAUGCCAACUCGUCGCUGCCAUUUUGCAUCUUGGAAAUUUGGAGUUCAUCAUCGACAGGCAUCGUAACGAAGACGCUGCAGUCGUGCGAAACACCGAGCUGCUUGGAAUCAUUGCAGACUUUCUGGGCAUUUCGGCCUCCUCUCUGGAAUCAGCUUUGUCAUACAAGACGAAGCUAGUGAAAAAGGAGCUAUGUACGGUGUUCCUCGACCCUGAUGGUGCGUCGGACAAUAGGGAUGAUCUUGCGAAGACGUUGUAUUCGCUCCUUUUCACGUGGCUGAACGAGCACAUCAACCAGAAACUGUGCAAAGAUGAUUUCAGCACUUUCAUCGGCCUUUUCGAUCUCCCAGGUCCCCAGAACAUGAGUUCUCGACCUAACUCUCUUGACCAGUUCCUCGUCAACUUUGCCAACGAGAGACUGCAUCACUGGACACAGCGUGUACUUUUUGAGAAGCACGUUGCCGAAUAUAACUUGGAAGGCAUUGCACGCUUCGUGCCCCAGGUGCCUUAUUUCGACAAUUCAGAAUGCGUGAGGUUGCUGCAGAAUAAUCCAGGAGGUCUCAUACACAUCAUGGAUGAUCAAGCAAGGAGACAGCACAAAAAGACGGAUAUGAGCAUGGUCGAGGCCUUUGGAAAGAGGUGGGGUAACCAUUCGUCGUUCAAGACGGGUGGCGUUGACCGCGCAGGAUUCCCGAGUUUCACGGUUAAUCACUAUAAUGGAGCUGUGACCUAUUCCUCCGAGGGUUUCCUUGAUAAGAACCUGGAUGCAAUCAAUCCGGACUUCGUCAGCCUUCUUAGAGGAUCAACAGAGGGCGCAGGAGGCGAUGGCGGGUCUUUCAACCCCUUCGUGAAGGGUCUUUUCUCGGGCAAAGUGAUUGCGACCCAGGUUCAUCCCCGCAAUGAAGAUACCAUCGUUGCUGCCCAACAGGCUGUUAAGCCCCGCCGCGCCCCGUCUACUCGGCGGAAAGGUACCAUCAAACGUAUGCCUACGGUCAAAGAAGGUACUGGUGGCGACAUGGAAGAGAGGGAUGACGACGACGAUGCUCAAGCCGGUGGCCAACAUAUAACCGGUUCAAGUCCUUGUCUGGCAGGCGAAUUCAAGGCAGCACUAGACACUUUGUUCGAGACCCUCGACGACACGCAGCCAUGGCACAUCUUUUGCGUCACGCCGAACGAUGCACAACUUCCAAAUCAACUCGAAGGCAGGAGCGUCAAAGGCCAGGUCAAGGCACUUGGCCUGAGUGAAGUCGCGAGGAGAAACGGAUGUGUAUUUGAAGUUGGAAUGACACCUCAAGAAUUUUGUCAAAGGUACGGGGAAUGCUUAGGAGAGAAGGGUGUAGAGGAAGGAGACGAGAGGGAAAGGAUCGAGCAGGCUCGUAGAGUAUUUGGGUUGGGAGAUAGGGAUUUAGCUGUCGGGACGCACAAGGUGUUCCUCUCUCAGGCAGCCUUCCACAGGUUUGAAGACCGGCUACGUGCUAAGGAUAGUGAAGAGCAGAAGCGUAAUCGCCAACGAGAUGCAGAAGCAGAGGCAGGCCUUGAUCCUCGUGGCCUCAAUGACCCCUAUGCGCCAUAUCGUUCACCUCAUGAGGAGAUGGAUCCUUCUUGGGGCAACAACCACAACCUCGGCAGCAACAACUACAGCGACGCGUAUGCAGGAUCGAAUCAGGCUCUCCCACUUGUCGCAAAUGCUUCACCCUUCCAACGAGCAGACAUGUACGAUGACGAGUACGACGAGAACAAGUCUGUGCGAUCGGAUGACUUUGAUGCUCGCUCCAAGGACACAAGUCAAAGGGACGAUUCCAUGUCGCACUUUGGGUCCGAAUCAUACGCCCCGUCACGAAAUAUGAUCCAACACACGGAUAAGAGGGGUUUGAUGGAGAAGGAGGCAUUGGCCGGAGAGAUACAGGAAGGCGAGACGGCUGAGGUGUUGAAAGAGUCCUCAGCUAGAAGGCGAUGGGUUACGCUAUGUUGGAUAUUGACGUGGUGGGUACCCUCGCCGUGCCUAACCUACAUCGGACGCAUGAAACGUAUGGACGUUCGCCAGGCGUGGCGAGAGAAACUGGCUCUCAAUCUCAUCAUUUGGUUAAUCUGCGGUGUUGCUAUCUUCGUCAUCGCUGUAUUGGGUGCUGUUAUCUGCCCAACGGAACACGUUUUCAAUUCGGCAGAGUUGGCAUCGCACUCAUCGACAUUGAGCCCUAACAAUGUGCUCACGUCCAUCAGAGGAGAGGUCUUCGAUUUGACGAACAUUGCGCAAACGCAUAGGCGUAUUGUGGGUGUUGUACCGGCCAAGGCGAUUUUGAGUUACGGUGGACAGUCGGCGGACUCCAUUUUCCCUGUUCAGGUCAGUGCUCUUUGCAACGGAGUAACGGGUUCGGUCAGUCCUUAUGUUAUCCUGGAUUCUAAAAACAAUACGGAUGUGAACGCACAAUAUCACGACUUCCGUGUGUUCACGAAUGACUCGAGGCCAGAUUGGUACUUUGAAAGGAUGGUUGAGAUGCGUUACCAAGCGCGGGUUGGGUUCGUUGGAAUGACGCCGAAGGAAAUCAGGAACCAAGCCAGCUCAGGCAGAUCAGUCGCUAUCUAUAACGGGCUUGUUUACGACGUUACCACCUAUUUGACCAGCCCGCCCGCUAUCCGAACACCAGAUGGCACUCAAGCACCUGCCGACACCGAUGUAAACUUUAUGUCGGGCGACGUGCUCAAUCUUUUCAAGUUCAAUGCGGGACAGGAUAUUACAAAGAAAUUGAACAAUCUCAAUAUUGACCGCAACGUUCUGGCCCGGCAAAAGGUUUGCCUACGCAAUCUGUUCUUAGUGGCGAAGGUCGACAACCGCCAGUCUCCGCAAUGCAUUUUCUCGCAGUACAUUCUGCUCGUACUAUCUUCACUGAUGGUGGCGAUCAUCGGUUUCAAAUUCCUUGCCUCAAUUAACUUCGGCGCGGCGCGUGCGCCUGAAGACCACGAUAAAUUCGUAAUUUGCCAAGUACCAUGCUACACGGAGGGCGAGUCCUCCCUCCGUAAAACGAUCGAUUCGCUCGCCCAGAUGAAGUAUGAUGAUAAGCGCAAGCUCAUCGUCGUCAUCUGCGACGGUAUGAUUGUUGGUUCAGGUAACGAUCGUCCCACGCCGCGCAUUGUGCUCGAUAUUCUCGGCGCAGACCCCAAUUUGGACCCAGAGCCAUUGAGUUUUGUUAGCUUGGGAGAAGGUGCGAAGCAGCACAAUAUGGGCAAGGUGUACUCUGGCUUGUAUGAGUGUGCUGGUCAUGUCGUACCCUACCUCGUUAUUGUCAAGAUCGGAAAACCCACUGAACGCUCGAGGCCGGGUAAUAGGGGUAAACGUGACUCGCAGAUGGUGUUGAUGCACUUCUUGAACAAGGUUCACUUUAAUACUCCCAUGAACCCCUUGGAACUUGAGAUGUAUCAUCAGAUCAAGAACGUCAUCGGCGUCAAUCCGUCUUUCUACGAGUAUCUUUUCAUGGUGGACGCUGAUACAACCGUCGAUCCUCUGUCUGUUAAUCGUCUCAUUUCUGCGAUGAUUCAUGACAAAAAGCUUCUAGGAUGUUGUGGUGAAACUGAACUAGCAAACGCCAAGCAGUCCCUAAUCACCAUGAUGCAGGUUUACGAGUACUUCAUUUCGCAUCACAUGGCAAAAGCUUUCGAAAGUCUUUUCGGUUCCGUUACCUGUUUGCCUGGUUGUUUCACGCUCUAUCGUUUGCGCACGGCCGACACGCACAAGCCUCUGCUUAUUUCAAACCAGAUGAUCACAGAUUACUCCGAAAAUCGUGUCGACACUCUGCAUAUGAAGAACCUCUUACAUCUCGGUGAAGAUCGAUAUCUCACGACGUUGCUCUUGAAACAUUUCCCCCGGUUUAAGACACAGUUCAUUCGUGACGCUCAUGCAUACACUGUGGCUCCCGAUGACUGGAAAGUCUUGCUCUCUCAGCGUCGACGCUGGAUCAACUCCACUGUGCACAACCUUGGUGAACUUGUCUUUUUGGAACAACUGUGUGGCUUCUGCUGUUUCUCCAUGCGCUUCGUGGUAAUGAUGGAUCUGCUUUCGACACUGACCCAACCCGUGACAGUCGCAUAUCUUGUAUAUCUUGUCUACUUGGUGGCUGCGUUGGGCAAAGCUAUUCCGACCCUAUCGUUGAUCAUGAUUGCUGCCAUCUACGGUCUCCAAGCAUUGGUCUUCAUCAUGAGACGUAAAUGGGAUAUGAUCGGAUGGAUGAUAUUCUACAUCUUUGCCAUUCCUGCAUUUUCUUUCUUCCUCCCGCUGUAUUCGUUCUGGAAGAUGGACGAUUUCUCUUGGGGUCAAACGCGUGUUGUCUUGGGAGAAUCUGGGAAGAAGAUGAUUGUUCACGAUGAAGGCAAAUUUGAUCCUAGGUCUAUUCCUUUGAAAUCAUGGUCCGACUAUGAAAAUGAACUCUGGGACAAAGAGUCUAACCAUAGCAUCGGUUCUUGGGUACCUCCCGUCAAGACCAAGAAUGAAGGAUACGCCGAAUCACGAACAGCUUCCCUCUAUGGACGCGAAACCUACUAUGAACCUCGGAGCUUCUCGCCUGCUCCCUCACAACGUGGAAUGUAUCCUCCUCCAGGCUAUCAUUCCGGUCGGAAUACACCUCAGUCACCUUUCCACACUGGCUUAGAAACUGGACUUAUUCAACCAACACCCUCUAGGCCAAUCACUAAUUAUUUGGAUAUACCCAUUCCAAACACGCAAAGCCCUGAAGAUGUGGACCUUCUUGGGAGUGGACCAUCGGAUGCCGACAUUGAGCGUGCCGUGCAAGAGGUGUUGCGUUCAGCAGAUCUGAAUACUGUCACCAAACGUGAAAUCCGCAGGCAGCUUGAAGAAUAUUUCGGUAUAGAUUUAACGUCGCGCAAGGCUGUCAUCAACGCUUCUAUCGAUCGGAUCCUCCUCAAUCAAAAUUAA